GACAUGGAGCACACUUUCCGGCAGCAGGUCUUCAUCCUGCUCUUGAGUCUGAGCGUCCUCAAGGGAGACUGCAGAUACCUUGAGGACAACGACAUCCUGAAGGAUGAACUGUAUUCCUUUUUCAACUCGGAGCUGCGCGGGGAAACGCCAGCAGAGUUCCUCAUGUACCAGAGACCCCUGCGUUGUCUGGACAUGGUGUCCGUGGAGGGUCGCUUCACCUUCACGGCGGAGCAGCCCCAGCUCAGCUGCGCCGCCUUCUUCAUGGCGGAGCCCCACGAGGUCAUCAGCGUGGAGUACGACAGCGUGGACAUCGACUGCCAGGGUGGAGACUUCAUCACGGUGUUUGACGGCUGGGUGAUGAAGGGGGAGAAGUUCCCCAGCUCCCAGGACCACACGCUGGCCCCGCACGAGCGCUACGUGGGCUUUUGUGACUCCGCCUCCGCCAGAAGAAGCGUGCGCUCGUCGCAAAACGUGGCCAUGAUCUUCUUCCGCCUGCACAACGCCGGCAGCGGCUUCACCCUGACGGUCAGGAAGCUGGCCAACCCCUUCCCCUGCAAUGUCCUCUCCCAGUCACCAGAGGGCAGUUACACCAUGGUGAUCCCCCAAGAGCACAGGAACUGCAGCUUCUCCAUCAUCUACCCUGUGGAGGUCGACGUCUCGGAAUUCACCCUGGGGCUCCGUAGCAACUUCCCAAAGAGGUCCAUGUUGGGAUGUGCGUCCCAAUCAGGGGAUUUUGUGCAACUGCUGGGAGGAAAUGGUCUGGACACGUCCAAGCUGAUGCCCAUCACGGAUAUAUGUGUCGCCUCUCCUGGUCCCACCCGCGUGAAGGUGGGCUGCGACAACACGGUGGUGCGGAUGGUGUCCAGCGGCAGGUUUGUCAACAGGGUGUCCUUCAGCUACCGCCUGCUGGACAACCAGGAGGUGCAGCAGCUGAGAGUCAACAACGUGGAGGACUUUUGUUUCAAGGACUGAGGGCCGUGCAUCAGGGAGAGCAUCAGUGUCAACACAACCCAAAGACCAGCUCCCGUUCUGUCUGUUCUAUAAACUGUUGUGGCUUCCGUAGCCUUGGUUUGAUCUUUAUUGUGUGUUCGUGACCACCAGUGUGGUCAUGUGACAACAUGAAUGGAACACAUUGUCUGCUGUUACGUCCACACACAACAUCCACUGCAAUUUCUAUACACAACUUUUUUGUAAUAAA